AUGGCGGCUAAUCACGUGCCGAGUGACCAGGUGCCUCUGCAAGGCCAGAACGUCUACACCGACCCGUCAUAUCAGCACCUCUUCCCUGGUGUCGACCGCUACGGCACCCCUUCAUGGGAUGCCCAGUUACAUCAACACUCGGCGCUGCCACCCAAUACCUCAGCCCAGAGCUGGCACCAUGGGGCUUACGCACAACAACCCUUUAGCGGCAGCAGCCAAGCAUACACCACUCAAUCACAUGGUCUUCGCACCGCGUCGCCGUAUCAGUAUGGACAGUUUGGCCAGCAAAGCUCCUUGGGCGGUUACGGACAGCAAUCGAAUGUCGACCCAUCGCUGGGCAUGGAUCCCAAUGCUAUCCGACAGCAGCAACAGUCGCCAUAUCCAAUGCCCAUGCGAACUCAAACUCCCCAGGGCCAUGCAAGUACCGUGACACCACAAGCUCUGCAGCACAACACGCCCUCGCUGCAACAAGCCCGCCCUACUGCAUCUCCUUAUCAAGCACCGAAGACUUUGGCAGACAACUUUGCUCAGCAGCGUGCAUCUGCUACGUUUGUAAAGCCAGUACCCGUGCCUGAGUAUGACAUGCCAAAGGGAAGGAAGUCGGGGGGUCUCUACGUUCUUGACCAGGCUGCACUAGCAAAAGCUACCAAUUCUACUCCUUUGAACAAGUUUGUGACAUUGGGCAACGAACCUUUUCAUCUCGCAACCAAUAGAACUGCGCUCCCCGUCUACGUUCCUCGGCAAUCGCUCAAAGACCUGAAGAAGGCUGGUGCAGACAGCAAGAAGCUUCGUGCAAGUCUGUCGGCUGCCAAGUCUCAGUCGAGAGCCUUCAAAUCCACAAAGAAGCCUACGAGGCAGGCGAGCGAUAGUGAAAGUACUACCGACUCAUCGGAUUACGAUAGUGACUCUUCAGAAGAAGAGGAGAUGCCCAUCCCAGAGACAAGACCAGAUGAUCCUGAUGCGGCUGUUCGUUAUGAUGUUGUCAAAGCUACAUGGCAUCCUUCUUCGUCUUCGCCUAGUUCUGACAAGAUCAAAAACAGCAUGCGCGAGGUAUGGGAAGUACUCGACACAAUCCAUAAGCGGUGGCGAGCCGACAGCAAAGCUGUGACGGAAGCGGAGGAACAGAAGAAGCUAGGUGAGCUGCCCGUGCUGAAAAGCCGGGUAACCAGUCAGCGUGACCUGCUCAAGUCUGCCCUUCAAGCUGCGCUUGAGCACUCCCAUCCCGAUGUGCUAUAUCAAUUGGGACUGAUUAAGCCUUUCUUGUAUAUGUGCUAUCAGUUUCUGGCGAACCGUUUCAAAAUUAAGGACUACGAUGGGCCUUUGUCCGCGGUCAUAUACGAAGUACUCUCGCGGUGUGGUACCUUGAAUUCUGAGCUCCUUGAGGAGACUAGACUUGGAAAGGCACUUGUUUCGAUGAAGAAACACGCAAAUGACAAGCACAAAGCUUUCAUACAACAAAUCAUAGAUGGUGCUUCCGCAAAUUCCAAAAAGGCCAAGGCAAGCCCGCCGCCACGAAGCGAGCCCACAGAAAACAAGGGCAUCAAACGACCUGCACCAGAUGCCGCGAGCCGAUCGUCGACCGAGAACCCUUUGACGAAGAAACCAAAGGCACCCGACGCUCCUGUGAACGCUGUCAAGAAGGAUCUCGCGUCCACUUUGGCUUCGAGGUCUGCAACCACUGGCUCCAACACAACAGCACAGAAGCGACCUGGCGAGAGGGCGGCACCGGCGCCCGCUCCCGUCAAGACCCGUGUUAGUCAAGUUACCAAUAAGCCCUCGGGCAUCUUUGCCUCGCUCAACGCGGCAAGUAAGAAGUCGGCGCCUGCACCAGCACCCGCGAAGGCUGCUGCGCCUAAGGCUGCUGUCCCCGCGCCGAAAGACAAGAAGCCAGCGGCAACGACAACAUCGAAGCCCGCAUUUUCGUUUGCUCAAACGAUGGCCUCACUCCAGAAGUCAAAGGAGCCGGAAGCUGCGCCAGUCAAAUCCGAGAAGCCAGUUCCAGCGGAAACACAGGAAGAGAAGGCGAAGCGUCUGCGGAAGGAAGCUCGAAGACAUCUUCGCGUUACUUGGAGGCCUGAGACAUCGCUUGUGGAGGUCAAGUACUUUGAUCACGAGGCGGAUGACGAAGAGAUGGACAGCAAGGGCGACAAUCUUGUUCGGGAUGCCGGUGACCUCGGUGGAGAAGGACACAUGUUCAAGCAGCACAAGGAGCUUGAUCUCGACGACGAUGAUGAGGAGAUGGAUUUCGACAGCCGAUCAUGGCCCCCGCCGUCCCAAGUCGACUUCAGCGUGGUGCCUCAAGACGAGCGCCAGCGCAAUUACGCGCCUUAUGGUGGCGGAGAGAAGGAGCCGUCGUGCCCUGAAAAGGAGGCCAACGUACAGCGCGAGAACGGUACAUUGAUGGUCUACUACUCAAGUCCUGACGACAUCCCACCGUCACCCCAAGAGCCGGUGGAACAAGGGCAAGACAACACAUCGACUGGCACCGUGGUCAGUUUCGGUACUCCGCCCGAUAUAGUAAAGAACAGGUGCCCACAAGCGCCAAUGUCUGCAGGUGUACCCGACUUUAGUCAAUUGGAGAACAUAAUCAAACAGCUUUCCGGAACCAGUCAACCGCCUGCCGCUACUCCGGCUCCUGUCGAACAGGCUUACACCCCACCUCCCCCGUCAACAGCCGCUCCAUUCGACCCCGCCGGCCUUCAGACCAUACUCAACUCCAUCAGCAAUGGCCAAGCCCCUCCUCAGCCCCCACCUGUGUCUUUCCCGAUGCAGCCACCGCCACAGCAGCCAGGCAUGCCCCUGGAUAUUGCUGCACUCAUUGCCAACAUGCAGGCAGCAACAGGCGGCGCUCUUCCUCCACCACCACCUCUCCCAACUGGCUUCCCUCCAUUCCCAUUCGCUUUCCCACCCCAGCCUCAGCAGCCUGAAGCUGCAGCAUGGACACCACAGAUGCAGGAUGCGUCCACCUACCAACCCCAGAUGCAGCCGCAGUACAACCAGCAGUCGAACGGUGGCACCAAGCGGCAACGCGAUGAGGGCAAUGGCAACGGCAACAACGAUCGCAACCAGGGAAAGCGGCCCAAGAACCGGGGAGAUCACAAGCCUCACAAGGUCCUGGCAUGCAAGUUCUUUGCCAAGGGUCUCUGCAACAAAGGCGAAAACUGCACCUACAUUCACGACCCCAAGAUGAUCGGGCAAUGA